AUGAAGAAAAUAAAUGUCUUAGUCAAUAAAAACCAAUUCAAAAUUGAAUUUUAAUCUAAAUCCUCAUCCUCCACUAUUAAUGAUGUGAUUCAGCAAGUAAAUUAAAUAAAAGGGUUUCCUAAUAAAGCCAAAGUUGAAAUCACUGUUGAUAAUCAAAAAAGAGAUAGAAAAUUUUUGAUCAAAGAUAUUCAAAAUCCUAUCAUUUAUGUUGAUUUUUCAGAUGAAAUAGAAAAUUUUAUGAUUUAGCAUUUUAGUAAAGAUAAAGAACAUAAAAUCAUCUUAGAAAAAGCUGAUACAUGUAAAUAAUUAUCUGAAAUAGAAAAAUAAAUUGCACAAAAAUUAGAUUGUCAACAAUACAUAAUUAGAAUUAUGAAAAAAAAUCAAUUUUUUGAUAAGACCUUAUUACUCUGUUAAAUUUUCAUUUUUUAAUAAGAAAUAUUUUAUGUUGUACUAGUUAAAUUUUACAUUAAGUAUAAGAAUCAAUAUUGUUUGUUUUAAAUAGAUGCUUUUUCUCAUUUUGAUUAAAUUAAAUAAAAAGUGAGACAAAAAUUUGGCAUUGAAGAAGAAAUAGAUUUAUAAUUCUAAAAUAAAAUCUUAUAAGAUUAAUAAACUUAUUUUUCAUAAAAAAUACCUGAUUCUGUUGAAUUGGUCUUAAGUAUUAAGUGUAAGUAAAAUAUAUAAAUCUAGUAUAAGAAAACGAAUUAUAAUUAUAGUGUGUCUGUUAAUAUUACUAUUAAGGAUUUACUUUAAUAAUUUUAAUAAAUAUAUUCAAUACAUUAAAAUUAGAAGCUAUUAAUAAAAUUUAAUGAUAAGAUUUUAUAAGAUGAUAUCAGAAUUCAUAGUUUAGAUUUAUCAAAAACAAUAUAAUUUAAAAUGGAAAAUUAAAUAGUAGAAAAGUCUAUGUAAAUUCAAUUUAUAGAUAAUGAAAAGCCAUAAAAUAAUUUUUCAUAUAAUGUAUCAAAUUUAGAUUUUUUUUCUUCUAUUUAUAGACUAAAAAAUUUUGAGGGAAAGAUAUGUGAGUUUUUUGUAGAUGGUUAAAAACUUUAAAUCACAAAUAAUCUAAUAUUUGAUUAAAUUAAAUUUAAUAACAAUAACUAUUAAAUUUAAUAUUCAGCUACAAAGUCUUAAUUAAUUAAUGUAAGAUUAUAUGAUGAUGACAUUAAUUUUACUACAAUUUAAGUCACACCUCAAGAUUUAAUAAAUUUAGAAAUAAAGAAGAAAUUUUCUGAUAAUGAAAUUAGAAUAACAGCUUACAAAUAAGGUUAAAAACUUGAUUUGAACGAAACCUUUGGAUAACAGUAAAUAAAAGAUGGAGAUAAAAUACGUUGUUUUUUUUCUGAUAUUGUUGUAUAAAUAUAGAUUAGAAUUAACAAUGAAGAUUGGCCAUAAAUUGAAUAAAUACGCAUAGAUUAUUUAGCCACAGUAAAAGAUUUAAAGUAGUAAGUAAUUAAAAAAUAUAAAAUUAAUGAUAAUAUCAAAGUUUUAUGUGAAAAUAAAAAUUUAGAUGAAUAAGAUCUUCUGAAAGAUUAUCCAAAGAAUACAAUAUUUAUAAUAAGUAAAGAAAUUUAGUUUAAGUUCGAAUUUAUUUUGUAAAAUAAUAUCCAUUAGGCAGAGCAGAAAUUCUUUGAAACAGAUAAGGUGAAAUAAAUAAAAUCUAAUUUAAAGGAGAUUUAUGAGGAUGAAGUAGAUAUUGUAGAUGAGGAUUAUAGAAAUUUAGAUGAAGAGGAAGAAAUUUCAACAUACUUAAAAAAAUUAAUUAGAGUUUCAAGAUAGAAUAUAGAUGUCAAAUAUAAAAUUUAAAAUUAAUAAAUAAUAAUUGAUUAAAAAUUUAAUAAGAAUCUAACUUUAAAAGAAAUGAUGUAAAUAAUAGCAGAUAAAAAAUCAAGGUGUUAUAUUGAGAAUAAUUUAUUAGAUGAAGAGACUAAGUUAAAUGAGCUAAUUCUAGAACCACAGACAAUAAUAAUAAUUGAACACACUUCACAUGUAUAAUUAAUUGAAUACAAUAAUAAUCUUAACUCGUAAGAUAUAGAAUUCUAUCCUGAAGAAAUAAUAAAUGAUCAUAUUCAAAAUCAUAUAAGUGAAAAAAGCUUAUUAUUAUUCAAUAAUUGUUAAGUGAAUAAAUUAAAUUCAUUUAGAGAUGAAAAAAUCUAAGAUAAUGGCUAAUUGUUUUACUAUGUUUAACUGAAAAUUUAAUUCAUCAGUUAUGAUACAAAAGAAUUUUUGUUUUCUGAUUUUUAUAAUCCAUUUGAUAAGAUCAAAGAAAUUUUUGCAUAGAGAAACUUUAAUAGAUUAAAAAUAUAUUAUUAAAAUAAUGAAAUUAAUUAGGAUAGAACUUUAGAAGAAAUAGGAGUGAUUGAAAAUUCUGCUUUAGAGAUUGAAGAAAUUUCUAAAAAGAUAAAAUUACAUAUUAAUAAUGAAAUUAGGAAUAUUGUUGUAAAUAAUGAUAUGGAUAUCUAAACUUUAAAAUAGUAGGAAAAUUUAAUGAACAAUAAUUAUUAACUUUUUAAAAUAAAUGAUUAAUAGCAUCCUUUAUAAGAUAAUUCCUUGCUGGUGGAUUUAAUUAAUGGAAAUAAUGAGAUAGAACUAAUAUACAAAAUGAAUUAGAAUGUUAUGCAGAUAGUAUUGUUUGAUUAAGAAAGAAAAUAUAUAGAAUAUAUAUAAUAGAACACUUAAAUAAAAACAUUCAUUUAGGAAUUUUAAAAUAAAUAUGGUUUAAACAAUGUUUCAAUUUUUUUAGAAGGAGAAUUCCUAAAUGAUGAGUUGAAAUUUUCAUAAAUAUCUUUUAAUGCAGAAGACGAAUUUGAGAUUGUGAAUUGA